AUGCCUUCUACUUGUAACUUGUAGCUAACGUCUGGCUGCAAAUAAUUACAAUGGCUUGUAUCGGCAGCUAGCCUCUUGUUCCUUAUCCCACCAUGUAAGCUGUCUUGACACGGAAGGCAGUUGACUCGUGACUGAACGCCGUAGGACGACAUAGGAAGACCCAGUCCUCCGAACAACGAUAAGGAAAGACGCACGAAGACUGAGGGUACGUCCGAGCACUCGCCCCGCUCAGCACAAGACCGUGUUACCAGACCUGUUUACUGGAGCGUUUUCAUUUUAACGCCUCCAUAUGCCGGCGCCUACGCCCGUAUCGACACCCUGAAGGCAGCGAGAGAAGGAGGGAGGGAGGCAACGGCAGCUCCGGGGUCCCCGACACUCAGCCGAGGAGAGGCAUCGCUGAAAUGAGAUGAGGCUCAGAAAUGGAACUGUGGCCACUGCGAUUAUUUUCUUCACGUCUUUCCUCAGCCUGUCCUGGUACACAGCGUGGCAGAAUGGCAAAGAGAAGCUGAUAGCAUACCAGCGUGAGUUUCAUGCUUUGAAAGAGCGCCUUCGAGUGGCAGAGCACAGGACGCUGCAGCGCUCGUCUGAGCUCAACAAUAUCCUCGAACAGUUCAGACGUGCAAUCGCCGAGACAAACAGCAGCAAAGAUGCCCUCACAAACUUCUCAGAUGAGACACAGAAACUACUGAAGGAGCUGGCUAACAGAAAACCUCUCCAGGUGCCAAAUAUCUACCACCACCUGCCUCACCUGCUCAACAAUGAGGGCAGCCUGCACCCCGCCGUGCAGGUUGGUCUCGGCCGCACAGGAGUUACCAUGGUGAUGGGGAUCCCCACAGUGAAGCGAAAGGUGAAGUCGUAUUUGUCAGAGACGCUCCGUUCGCUAAUAGACAAGCUGUCGCCAGAAGAGAAGCUGGACUGUGUCAUAAUCGUCUUCGUCGGGGAGACUGAUUUGGACUAUGUUCACAGUGUGGUAGCGGGCCUGGAGAAAGAGUUUUCUACAGAGCUGAAUUCAGGCUUGCUGGAGGUGAUCUCCCCUCCAGCCACCUAUUAUCCCGACCUCACCAACCUCAAAGAGACUUUCGGAGACUCCAGAGAGAGAGUCAGAUGGAGAACAAAGCAAAAUCUGGAUUACUCCUUCCUCAUGAUGUAUGCUGUGAACAAAGGGGUUUACUAUGUCCAGCUGGAGGACGACAUUGUGGCAAAACCCAACUACUUUGCCACUAUGAAGAACUUCGCCCUGCAGCUGUCGUCAGAGGACUGGAUGAUACUUGAGUUUUCUCAGCUGGGCUUCAUCGGAAAAAUGUUCCAGGCUCCGGACCUAAACCUCAUCGUUGAGUUUAUCUUCAUGUUCUACAAAGAGAAGCCCAUCGACUGGCUGCUAGACCACAUCCUUUGGGUCAAAGUCUGCAAUCCGGAGAAAGACGCUAAACACUGCGAGCGGCAGAAGUCCAGCCUUCGUGUGCGGUUCAGGCCCUCCCUGUUUCAGCAUGUGGGACUCCAUUCUUCUCUUGCUGGGAAAAUACAAAAACUGACAGACAAAGACUUCCUGAAGCCUCUGCUUCACAAGAUGCAUGUCAACCCUCCCGCUGAGGUUUCCACUUCAAUGAAGGUUUAUCAGGGUCACACACUAGAGAAGACGUAUCUAGGAGAGGACUUUUUCUGGGCCAUCACCCCGACUGCAGGAGACUACGUCCUCUUCAAAUUUGACAGACCUGUCAGCAUAGAACGGUUUCUGUUUCGCAGCGGUAACCAGGAGCACCCAGGGGACAAGAUCGAGAAUACCACAGUGGAAAUACUGCCUGUUUCGGAAACUAGACUGCAGACCAAAGACAAGUACAAGCGAAGUGAAGAUCGCUUUUACAGGAUCGGUCAGUUUGUGAAAGGAGUGGCAGAAGGCGUUGUGGAUCCUUCUUUCAAUCCCGUCAUUGCACUUCGACUUUCAGUUCUCAAAGAUUCAGCUGUGUGGGCCAUCCUUAGUGAAAUACAUAUAAAGAGGAUAGCUGGCUGACUCUUCUGGCCUAGGGGACAUGAAUCACGGCCCUACAGGGACCAAAAUCUCCUGGACUGCUUACGCAGGGGCCUCUGGCACCCAGCAACCAGCAGUGAAGUCAUUAGAGUAGCUCGUCUGAGCUCGUCUGAGGAACGCCGCCUCUCUGUCCCUGCUCUUCCUAAUGUACUUUAUUUUGCUUCCCAUCCAUCAACCUCUCUCUGCAUCUCUCCCUCACUCUUGUGCUCUUAAUUCAUUUUAGUGAGAAUGUGAAUACUACUGUCUAACAAACAACAGUGAAGUAUGUGAAGACAUCUGCUCCCAGCUCUGGCUCUCAAAGUGACUGUUUUUAUUCAGCAACUUUGAACACAAUCAGAAAAUCGUCUGGGAUGAAUGAAGACAAAUCAUUACUUAUGGGGAGAACCAGUCACCUGGCCACUGGUGUACAUGCUGCCAAAUCCGUUGUCUGUUACUCGAUGCUGCCACCUCUGGGCGAGCUGGGGCAUUGCACUGUCACUAGCGCCUCAGCUCAGCCUGUGAUGACCAGGAAUGUUGUCAUCACUAAUGGCCGGUCGCGCUCUGUUCUCCACACAGAGAGGUGACGGAGUUCUUGAUCAACACCAGCCCAAACAAAACAAAUGUUCCCAUCACUUCCAGAGUGUCGCCAGCCACACUCAAAUACUCCUGAAACAAAAAAACACUCAGGAUGAGCCAGUCUGUAACAAUGUUGACCAAUAGACCAGAUUCAGUGGCAACUAUCCCUAUCCAUCAGAGAAAAUAUAAACCAUGACACCUUAUCUAUUUCACCUCCUGUCUGACAGGCCGUGUAUGACCUCAGUGUCCAUCUAUAGUAAAUGAAUCAGACAUUGCCUUGGCGUCAUUUUCCCGAAGGAAUAUAUUGUUAUAUUGAUAUAUUAUUACAGCUAUGACGAUCUAUGAAGGUGACUUAAUUUAUUUGAAAUAAAUCUUUAAUUUGUACAAGAGGUAAAAUAUAUUUUUAUUCUAUGAAGAGAUGUUUAUGGUAGUUGAGAGUCUGUUGUAUUUGUUUGUGUUGGUUUUUUUUUUUCUAAAUUGUACAUUUUCUUUUCAUUUUACAGCUACUUGUGAAGAAGCUGUUGGUGCAAGUAGCUGUGCCUAUUUCUUUUCACUUAAACUGAUAUGUUACAACUAAAACAAAUAAUUUCAAAGCUAAGAAGCUGAAUGGUUGGAGGUGUGAUGAAGUCAAAAGUUAAAAUAUGUGCCUUACACCUAGGUCUCUUGAUAAUAGUCUCAACAAUUAUAUUUCCAAUCUGAUCCCCUUCAUUUUUCCUAAACUUUGAUUGCUGGAAAUACUAAUAUUUUUAACAUACACAGUCAUAUAAGUGAAGGAAGAAUAUCUGUGUUCUCACCUGAGACGAGCUGAUUUGCACUGUUUUUUUUUCACUAUUUUUGUUACCAUUACAUCCUUCACCAUUGUGCUUAAUUAUUUUGUCUUACCAUAGUAGAUGCUUAUUCUGCUAAUUCCUCCAAAUCCAUGCAGCGAUUCAUUUUGUCCGAUCAAAGUCUGUUUUUGAGAUUUGACAGAACAUUACGACUACUGAUCUCUGCAGAGUGGGCCUUUUUGUUGUAUGAUUUGGCUGAGGAUGUGUAGUGCUUUCACUGAUUGUAAAUAUAUAAAAAGCAACAAGGAUUAUCUGUCUUUCCCUCACUCUCUUUCUCUCCUCCUUUACUUUGAAGAAAUUCACUUGACAUGUUUUAUAUUUGUGUGUGAGGCCAAUGUUCAGAGUGGAACCUGCUUUAAGUGAAACCUCAAAAGUUUUACAUUGUUGUGGUGAAUUCCAGGGGGGUAGUGAAGUGCCUUUUGGUUGAAUCAGUGUAAGAAAGGAAUUGCAUAAUCAUAUUUGGUAAAUUAUGAAUAAUGUAUUUUGGUAAAGCAGGCACCUCCACCUCCUGCUGGAGCUGCCUCUUCAUUAGAUUCUUUUCUUAAAAUAGGGAGCAGUUAAUAAGCAAGUCACUUUAAUAUUGGAAAAGACACUGCGUCGAGAAUGGCUUAUCCCUCAUGCUCUGCAUCCACAUACAGGAACUGAAUGCAUGAAAACAGCAUGAAAGGUCAUGUUAUCCCCCAUCCUGUAUUUGCUGAGUGGACCUCAGACUAUCCCAUACACCCAUGAGUUCAUGUGCCUUCAUCGUUCAUACGUGUAUGCCUGCCUCUGAUGUUUUUGACAUCAUUUUCAUGGACAUCUUUGAAAUAAAUGAGAAAAGUUGAUAGAA